CGUUGACAUCGUCCACGUUGCCGGCCGCCGGCCCUUCGGCCAGAACGUCGUCAGCAUCUACGCCGACGGACACCUGCGGAAAACGGCGCAGCUCCGCUUCCCGUCCCUGCACGAGUCCUUCACCUCCUGCUGCAUCGGCUCCGCGGGCCACCGGACCACCACGACAGCGGCCACCGCUGCCGGGCACCCGCCGGCAUCCCACGGGCCGGAGCUGGUCUUCCCCCAGCACCCCGUGCUGGGACGCUCCCAGUCUGUCCCCGCCACCCUCGGGCCCCACUCUUGGACCCCCACCCAGCUGCCCACAGAGGGGGUGGUGGCCACCACAGCAGCCGGAAGCCAGGACACGGAGUGGGGCAGCCCCACCUCGCUGGAAGGUCACCUGGGCUCUGUGGCCAUCUUCUGCGAGGCCCUGCAGCAAACCCAGGUCAAGGCUCUCUUCUGUGCAGGACCAAAUGUCACAUCCCCGUUCACUCUGGAAGGUGACUUGAUGGAGCUCAGCAGUAAACUCUUGCUGUACUACACCCCCCAGGCCUGCAGGAACAACAUCUGCUUGGACCUCUCUCCCAGCCACGGCUUGGACGGGAGGCUGACCGGACACAAGGUGGUCAACUGGGACAUCAAGGACGUGGUCAACUGCGUGGGUGGGAUGGGGGUGCUCCUGCCCCUGCUCGAGCAAGUGGUGUCCAAGACGGAGGAGCCCGAGGAUGAGCAGGAGACCAACGACCUGGUGGGGCCGGAGCUGACAUCCUCCAGGAACGCCCAGGGCAUGCUCAUCCCUCUGGGAAAGUCCUCAGAGAGCAGGCUGGAGAGGAACAGCGUGGCCGCCUUCCUGCUGCUGGUGAAGAACUUCCUGAGGAACCACACCGUGAACCAGGAGAGCCUGGUGCAGUGCCACGGGCCAGCCAUCAUCGGAGCGCUGCUGCACAAGGUCCCCGGCACGCUGCUGGACAUGAGCACCUUGGUGGCCUCGCAGAUCCUCAUGGAGCAGGUGGCUUCCGAGGGCAGCGGGCUCCUGCUGCACCUCCUCUACCAGCACCUCCUCUUCGACUUCCGCAUCUGGAGCAACAGCGACUUCGCCGUGCGCUUAGGUCACAUCCAGUACCUGGCCAGCGUGGUCAAGGACCACAAGCAGCGCGUCCGCAGGAAGUACGGGGUGCAGUUCAUCCUGGACUCCAUCCGGACCUACUACAGCACCUCCGGGGAGAAGACCACGGCCACCGACGACAUCAGGACGGUGCAGACGUCCCUUUUCAGCCUGGUGAAGGACUUCUUCUGCAGGAGCUUCUCCGGGGAGGAGAUGCAGAGCUUGCUGAACUACCUGGCUGGGGCACAGGACGAGCAGCAGGUCUGUGGGGCGCUGGAGGUGAUCCACAGCCUGCUGAAGGGUUCCCCAGCACAGGAGCAGCUCUUCGCUUUCCUCUUCGAGCCGGGCCACGUGGAGCUGCUCUUCUCCCUGCUGGUGCAGAAGAAGUUCUCAGAUGAAGUGCGGGAAAGGGUCUUCAAGAUCCUCUACAAGAUGCUGAAGUACGAGAAGGUCCCCGAGCGCAGCAAGAGCCGCCUGAAGCUGAAGGACAUUGGGUACCACGGGUUCAUCUCCUGCCUCAGCGACAUUCCCGGCUCCAUGCUGCUCUUCCGCUGCCUCUCGGAGCAGGUCCUGGGGGCAGACCCUCCCAACUACAAGGACUUGGUGGCCGUGGUGUACCUGUCCCACCGGGCUGAGCUGAGCAUCCGGCUCGACAUCUGCCGCAAGCUCUUCCACCUGAUCUACGCGCAGCAGGACCUGGUGAAGCAGCUGGCCAGGUUGGCCGGCUGGCAGGACACACUCACCAAGCUCUACGUGAAGGAAUCCUACGAGUGCCGCCAGCACAGCCUGAGCACCGCCGGCUGCCCGGAGCUGCUGCGCCUGUCCGAGCCCUCGGGCAAGGACAGGAUGAGCCCACCACCCACCGAGCUCCAGGAGCUCGAUGUCUUCCUCCC